AUAAUUUUAUUAUACAAAAGUGUGGUCACUCUGGCAGAUUUCACUUAUUGUUGUGGUAUUUUUAUUUGGUUCUUGGAAAACUGAAUGAAAUAAUGAUGGCUCGCCAAUCUGAAAAGAUAGCCAUUAUCGAUCAUAAAACCUACGAGAACAUCCAUAACAAGGACAAUGCUUCAUCAAGCAAGAGGAGUCCCACCAGCUCAAAGUACAGGAAAAAGCACAGGAAUGCAGAGAAGCCGACACUCCUGGAUUUUGUGAUCAAACCUCGUCAGCCACAAAAACAAACAAAGGCGAGGAAACUCAGAGGGCCACAUUUGACGAUUGCCAAGAGAAGCCUCCUUCGAACCAAGCCCAAGCGCAAGGGAAAGGUGCGCCUGAAUCCAAAAAAAAAGGUUACCAAGUUGAAGAAGUCUAUUUGGUGUUAUCGCGCCUCGAAAAAGGAAACGCCAGCUGAGGAAACCGAGGGAAUAUCGAAUGAGACUCGAGAGUAUGGACAGUCAGAACAAGACUCUAAAGACCUAAUGGAGAACCAAUUACAAAACCUCUCUUUAAAAGAUAAGGAUACUAUGGGAAUUACUCCACAAAUCCAAGCCGUGCAUUCCAUACAUUCCCGACGCUUCAGAAGCUAUUGUGAUAACUGCACUCGGCCUCGGCUUAAGGAUCUGACUAUUCAGUUGCUCAAGGAACUAGAUCGUUUUCAAAAACGCGCAUUUGCAAAAAAUGAAGUAAAGGCGCGUGCCCAUCCUAGGCUGGUGCUGGGUUUCAAUGAAGCACUAGCAAAGCUGAGGAUAAAAAAAGUGAAGUUGUUACUCCUGGCAACUGAUUGUGAGAAGUGUCCUGGGGAAAAUGGCAUAGAUGAGUUAAUAGAGGGUCUAAAAUUCCAAUGCCAGCAGCACAACGUCCCCUACUGUUUCUCGUUGUUGAGACGGGAGUUUUCAUAUGCCCUUCAGAAGAGGGCCCAGAUCGCCUGUGCGGCUGUCCUUGAUUACGAUGGGGCCAAUACCGUCUUCGCUGAUAUCCUAAAUGAAUUGGAGGACGCCCGUAAGGAAUACAAACGACUGACUGCGUUGUGA